CGCUGCAUCCUUUGAAAUCAAUGGCCGACCUCUCUCACUUUUCUGGCGACUGAGAAUCCUUUCCUUUUUCUUCCCCUCCUUUCUCACGUAGGUGUAGAGAAAGAGAGAGAGAGAUUCCGUCUCUCCUUUGCUUCGCCUUUUGGCCUUUUACAAAGGCGACGAGUGUCCACGAUCUUUGGUUCAACGUUUCCUUCUUCUUCUUCUUCUUCUCCCCACCUCCCUCUUCUCUCCCCUCUUGUGCUCUGUCACUGUCUUGAUUCUGAUUCAGAAGAUGAGCGGCGGCAGCGGCGGCGGGAGCAACAACAACAAGGGCAUCGUUGCCGUCGUCGGCGUCGGCCCAAAACUCGGCCGUUCCAUCGCCCGGAAGUUCGCCCACGAAGGUUAUACGGUUGCCAUCCUCGCCCGAGAUCUAGGGAGGUUGUCGAUAUUCGCGGACGAGAUAGCGAGGGAGGAGAAGUCGCAGGUGUUCGCCAUUAGGAUCGACUGCUCCGACGCCAAGAGCGUGAGGGAGGCCUUCGAGGGCCUCCUCUCCCUCGGCUUCAUCGAGGUCCUCGUCUACAACGCCUCCGCCCCUUCCACCUCCCCCUCCACUCGCUUCACCGACAUCCGCGUCGAGUCCUUCGAAAAGGCCCUCGCCGUCACCACCGUCGGCGCCUUCCACUGCGCCCAGCAGGUUAUCCCUAGAAUGGUAGAGAGAAGGAAAGGCACCAUUAUCUUCACCGGCUCUUCCAUGUCUCUCAACGGCAUGCCUGGUUCUUACGAGCUAAGUUGCGGGAAGUUUGCUCUGAGAGCGCUGUCGCAGUGUUUGUCCAAGGAGUUCCAGUGCCGGGGAAUCCAUGUCGCUCAUGUUGUCAUCGAUGGGGCCAUCGGGCCACCGAGGUCUUCUCAGAAGGCAUUCGGGGACCCGAUGGAUGAAGGGUUGGAUGGGUGGAUGAUGGACCCAGACGCCGUGGCCAAUGCCUACUGGCACAUCCAUACACAGGACAGAGCCGCUUGGAGCCAGGAGAUUGACCUCAGAAGCUCGAGACACAGCUUCUAACUCUCUCCUAAUGGAAUUGGCUAGCUUGGAAAUGGGAUUUUUAUGCUGUCCAUGUCUGUCACUUUUGGUCGUUCAUUUUAUUCAUCUAUCUAUUGGGGUGUGGACGAUGAUGAUGAGGGACUUUGUCAAAGGUUUGGCCUUUGGAAGCCAGUGGUCAUAAAGCAAAUGAUGGCGAUGGUGUGUACGGCCAUUGUCAUCUCUCUCUCAAUUAUUUCCUAAAGUUCUGUCUCUCAUUUUCUUGACGUAUCUUUCUUUCUUGCUCUUCCUACCCUGUGUUAACAACCAUGAAAUCAUAAUGUAUAUAUAAUCUUCCCUCUACAUGCUUCUCUGUACACCUGGGCUGUAACAUUCAUAUGUGACACCCUUUCUUCGUGGAGAUUCAGUAAGGGAAAGUCGUGUUUUGAUGAAUGUCAAUGGAGAUAUUUUUCACUUGCUGAGAUUGCUACA